GAGGGCUCUUUUAUUUCAGGGUCUCUUGAUCUUUUCUGUGUGCACCGUCGACACUGACCUAGCAUCUUGAGAUCUCUACUUGCUUUCUUCGUGUUGGGUCUAUAUUGGAAAUUCUCUCGGUGGUGCUAUAUAGUACUUAUCGAUCUGGCUUGGCGUAUCUUAUCGACAUCGCUGGGCGAUUCUGUUCGGUCAACAACGACAGGCGUGGAUGGUUAGACCAGUCGAUCACUGUCGCUGUCAUGUCUGGAAUGGAUAGUGGAAGCCAAUGGUCAGGAGGAAGUAGCACAGGUGGAUCUCAGGAUGGCAGUCAAGGCAGCUGGGAAGGCACCGACAGCAGUGGCAGCAGCGGCAGCACAUCCCAGGCCGGGGGAAAUGCAUCGCCCUCGGAGUCUAUCGCCGCCAGCGCGACGACACCUACAGCAGCCGACUCUUUUCUCACAGCUACCCAGACCACUAAUCCAUCACCCACAACAUCAACAACCACGUCUUCCACGUCGACUUCCUCUGCUAGCAGCAACAACGGCGGCAACACCAAAACCCUCGCCAUCGCCAUCCCUGUUGCUGUCGCGGGCGCAGCCAUCAUUUUGGGCCUGCUAUUCUUCCUCCUCCGACGGAGGCGCCGUCGUGUUCGAGGCCACGUCAUCCCAUCUACUUCUCAGAUCGAUGUAAUGACCGUCCCUCGACAACCAAUACUACCCCAACCGCAGCAGAACUUACCGAGAUCGCAACCACCCCAAGCGACACCCUGGGGAUUCACCAACGCUAGUACUCAUAACAUUCCCUUCACGGGACCUAUACCAUACGACACCUCGAACCACUCGAGCGACCACCUCGCUACAAGCCAGUCACGCAGCCUUGAUGCACCUGCUAGUCAGCACAGCCCAGCACCAGGGAUCAACACCACGCUGGACCAGCCACCGCCAUAUUCCAGGCAUCCGGAGCGUGCGGAGGCAGACAUAUCACCCGUGACGAGUACCGACGUUCCUUCACGGCAAGUGUCGAGGAGCGAGCGGCCGACAUCCCCGUUUGACCAUCCCCUAGAUGACACGGUCUCUGAGAUUUCGAGAUACAGUAGAGGGCCAUCCCUGGUCCACCGCGCGAGUCUCGACGAGAUCUCCUCUGUCUCGUCGAUGGGUGAUGAUGAAAGGCGGCCAGCGACGCGUCAUUGAUUUUAAGAUGAGGGGCUUUGGUUUCGCUUUUGGAUGUUCGAAAUUUGGCGGGCGUUUGGGCUUUGAUGGGGCAGUCCCUCGUCA